AUGGACGGAGGAGGAGCCGAGGCCAGCACCGCCAGCGCUUCAGCAGGAGCCGGCGAAGGAGCAGCUCCAGUUCACAGCAGCAGCAACCACCAUGCCAAUGACCACGCCAAUACUCAGCAACCAUUCGUUUAUAAUCGGGAGCAGGACUCUCCUCAACCCAAAUCACGGCCGAUUUCGCUCUCUGACCUGCAAGAGGCUCGCAAGCACUAUCUGAGGCCGGUUGAGCCCACCGCUUCGGAUUUGGAGCAUUAUUUCACUGGUCCUCGUGAUAUCAGCAGACAUACAAAAUGGCCCAUUUUUCUCCGAAUGGACGGCAGUAUCCUGCCGAGACUCAUCCUUCCAUUAGUUUUCGUGGCCGCCUGGUCCUCAACAAUUACGGCCAUUCAUUUAAAAGUUCAUAAAUUGGUUGUAUCUAAUAUUCUGCUUACUGUGCUCGGUUUUGUGGUCGGUUUGGCGUUGUCAUUCCGAAGCACGACUGCUUAUGAACGUUACGCCGAUGGUCGCAAAUACUGGGCUUCGGUCGUUCAGACAUCCCGCAACAUGGCCCGUACUAUUUGGGUGCAUGUCAAGGAGCGCCCUGGUGAAGAGGGAAAGAGGGAUGUUCUAGGCAAAGUAACCGCGUUGAAUUUGCUUCUAGCCUUCUCCGUCGCCCUCAAACACGGCCUCCGCUUCGAACCAGCCAUUGCCUACCAGGACUUGGUCGGACUUGUCGGCCAUUUGGAUACAUUUGCUAAAGAGGCUCACGACCCGGAAUUGCUGAACCGUCCCCGUCACUCGUUCUGGAAAUCAGUAGGCAUGUACCUCGGAAUCACCUUUGCCGAAUCCAACCCACGCAAAUUGAUCAAGCGCGCGAAGAAGCCGUUGGGCCACCUGUCUCUUGAGAUUUUGAACCAUUUGUCUGCGUACAUUGAGCAUUGCGACCAGGAGCAACUUCUCAAGUCUGCUUUGCAACAGGGUCAACUCAUCAACUCGGUCGCUGCAUUGAACGAAGCCUUGACCGGCUCUGAGCGAGUCCGCGACACACCCCUGCCCGAAGCAUACAGCAUUGCCAUUUCGCAAAUCUCGUGGAUCUACAUCCUGGUCCUUCCCUUCCAACUCGUCAGUCUGAUGGACUGGAUCGCCAUCCCCGGAUCAAUCGUCGCCGCAUACAUCAUCCUCAGCUUCGUCGCCAUCGGCCGCGAACUCGAAAACCCCUUUGGCGACGACGUCAACGAUCUUCCCCUCGACUCGUACUGCCGCCAAAUCGCCUCCGAAAUCGAUAUCAUCACCGCCACCCCAGCGCCCCAGAUGAUGGACUUUAUGACCAGCAGCGACAACUGUUUAUUCUAUCCCUUGAGUUUGGAAGGAUUCGAUAAGUGGCAGCAUCGUAGCAUGGACGAGAUUCGCGCUGCGUUGAGGACCAAAGUGAUUGCGCAGAAGAGGGUUUUUAAUGAGGAAGCCAAGGUUACGAAGCUUUCGCCGGCUUUGAAGUCGGAUAAUUGA